GCCGGCUAGGAGCAGGAGCAGGAAGGAUCUCAGGAACCGCAACUGCAACUGCACAAACGCCCGAUCCACCCAUCCACCCAUCCACCCACACAUACAUCGAUCCAUCCAUCCGUACGAGGGAACUACAUAGUCUAGAAAAAAGGAAAUCAGACCUGAGACAACAAUAGCGAUGCCCACCUUCUACCCAUCCGUCUCGCCGGACUUCAUGGCCUGGUGCGCCAAACAGAAAGUGUUUUGGACCGCCAGUGCACCUCUGCGCGGAGAUCACAUCAACGUCUCACCCAAAGCGCUCCUCUCCAGUGCGUUUACAUUUCUUGGGCCGAACUCCGCAGCAUACGUUGACCUGACCGGUUCGGGGGUGGAGACGAUCGCGCACCUGAAGGAGAACGGGCGGAUCACGAUAAUGUUCAACAGCUUUGACGCGGGGCCGCGCGUGUUGAGACUGUUCUGUAAGGGCCGCGUGGUCGAGAAGGGCGCGGAUAAGUUUGAUGAAUGGUUGGAUAGGUUUGGAGAGGAUGCAGAGGAGAAGUUUAAGGCCGUUAGGUCCGUUAUUGUGCUGGAUAUUUUCAAGGUGCAGACCUCCUGUGGCUUCGGUGUGCCUUUGCUCUCGAUGAGCGCUGGGGACGACGAGACCCCUCCAAAGCCCUGUCUCAUUGACCGCCCCACCAUCCUCAAGAUGGGCGCGCACGCUGUGUCGGCCGGGAAGCUGGCUGAGUUCCAGGCCACAUAUAAUGGCUACUCGCUCGACGGGCUCCCCGGGUUGUCGUCCGCCGCCGCCGCUAGAAGAAGCAAGGCAGGCGCCGUUUGGUACGCUGCGACUGCUGCUGCACAGGCAUGGGCGCCGCCGAGGGAUGUCUGCGUCCUGCUGGCUGGUGUCGUGCUGGGUGUGGCUGCUACUGUCGCUGCGGUGACGAGCGGACGGUGGGUGCCCGUCCAGGCUUUGUGAGAUGCGGGCUGCAGGUUGGAGAUCGAUAGAUGAGGUCACUGUUUUGGGUGCUUGGAGUCCGUGCCCGGAGGGAUGCAUUCGGUACGAUGCCACUACACCGUGGAGAUGCUGUGAUACCAGCGAGGGGCCAGUAUGGCUUUAAUAUGUAUACCUAUUUGCGCAAUGCCACACACUUUACUUUUGCUAAAAUCGAACGUCG